CUGUCUCCGUGCUGACUCCAGCGCCAAGCUCUGCAGGAACAUCGGUGGGUGUGUACUUAACAGAACCAGCGCCAGGGACUUAAUGGUGCUCAGUGCUGCUGGAGGUGUGACACUGUCCCGGCCCUCGUCACAUUGAUUCACACCGGAUUAAGCCACUGCAUGGUGCUCGAGGCUGAGAGCCUGAUGCAGCUGAUUUACCGUGCCUGUCAGACAUAACGCCUUCGGAGGCCUUCUCUGCCUUUCUUGCACGGGGGCUGGUGAGACCGUCUGCCUGCUGAACCGACCAAAGGAAUGACUGGCAAUCAUCUUGAUCAGGAGUAAGAGAGGAAGCACUGAGCUGGACUAUGACUUUAAAGGAUGACUUUGGGGUCAUUGCCUGGGCACGGCGAACUGGGAACUGCCUCAGUUUCUUCGUCCUCUUGUCUCUCUUCUCCGUCCCAGUCCAGUCAGACAUUGUCUUUCAUAUGGAUCACCAGUUCUCAUGGAAAACAGGCCAGUGGGGCCAUUGUGUGGGUGAAGACUGCGGGUCCGGUGGAGUUCAGACCAGGACGAUAUGGUGCGUCCACAGGGAGGGCUGGACCACCCACCACUCGCAUUGCAACCACAUGGACAGACCCGAGAGUCGGCGGCACUGCUUCAAAGUGUGCGACUGGCACCAGGACCUCUUUGAGUGGGAACUCUCUGCCUGGGAGGGCUGCGUCCUGGUCCCGUUCUUUUCCAACGAACUCAAGCUGAGGACCCCGGAGUGCGUGACGGCGCAGCACGGCAUCCAGAGACGGAAGGUCCAGUGCGUGCGCACCUCCAACCGCACCACGGUCACUUCGAGGAUAUGCGAGUUCUUUUCCCAGAGACCGCCGGUGGAGCAGGCGUGUCUCAUCCCGUGUCCUCAGGACUGCGUGGUUUCGGACUUCGACUCCUGGUCAGGCUGCAGUAAGACCUGCGGCGUCGGCUUGCAGUAUCGGACUCGACAUGUUCUGACCACGUCCAUGUACGGAGGCGCCGGUUGCCCCAAUCUGACGGACACUAGGACUUGCUCGGGUCCCGUCGCCUGCCCCGCCGGGGAGGAUGAAUACCAGUAUAGCCUUAAAGUCGGAGCCUGGAGCCAGUGUCGGUUCCCCCAUCACAAGGACGCCCUGUUGAGUGGCCGGACUACUGUGGACUUCGGCAGUAACAAGGAGAACAAUACAGUCAUGUUGCAGAAGGAGGCAUCCCGGUACCACCAACACCACCAUGGCCUCCGCAAGUACCCCGUGUCUUGGGAGCUGGAGGUGGGGUACCAGACUCGGCAAGUCCGCUGCACACGGAGUGAUGGCAAGAAUGCGAUGCUAAGCCUCUGCACCAAGUACAGCUCCCCCAUGACCUUCCAGGCCUGCGUGAUGCCCAAAGACUGUCAGACUUCUGAUUGGUCCUUGUGGAACCCCUGCUCCAAGACCUGCCGAUCCGCCGACCUGUCUCCUGGUUACCGUCUGCGGUCACGAGUCAUGACCCAGAUGCCGGUGGGUGGUGGGAAGCCGUGUCCUGUCCUUGAGGAAAAAGAAGCCUGCAACAUCAUGGGGGAUUUACUUCCACACUGUCCCAGGUACGAGUGGAGGACCACGGACUGGGACGGAUGUCUCGUCUCACCUCUGCUGAGCAAGCUGGACCGGCGUCUGGCAAACGUCAGUAGUCUCUGCGGAGGCGGGAUCCAGACCAGGAAGCCCUACUGUGUUCAAGUUGCCGAUGACUCAGCUCCAAAUCACAGGAAGGAAGUGUCCAGACCAGUGACUGCCAGGCUGUGCGCCGGUCAGGAACCUCCCCUGGCCGUCAAGAACUGCUCCAUCCCCUGCCAGCACCACUGCCUGCUCUCCCACUGGUCACCCUGGGGUGCCUGCGUACAUGACAAGUGCAAAGAUCCGCAUGGGAAGAAAGGUUUUAUCCAGAGGAGGAGGGAGGUGCUGUGGGCAUCCAGCAGUCCGCUGGACGUGUGUCCUCAUCUGGCAGAGUCCAUCCCCUGCGAGGACCCCGCCUGCUACCGGUGGCAGGUUCAGCGAGAGGCGAAGUGUACGCCCGACAAUAGCACCUGUGGUCCUGGGACUGUGGAACAAAGCGUCCAGUGUGUCAGUGCUGAAGAUUGUCACCGAAGGCAUCAAAACGAUGACACCUGUGAAGUGGAAACCCUUUCAGGUGAGGACGUGCCCACGAGUUACUGUGGGGGAGACCCUCCCCCGACCCAAGCGCCUUGCGAGGUGGCCUGUCAUGCAGACUGUGUUCUCAGCGUCUGGUCCGUCUGGUCCCCCUGCACACACAGUUGUGCCUCAAAAACCGCAGACGGCCGACAAAGCCGCACACGCACUGUGUUGGCGCUUCCGGGAAAAGAUGGGAAAACGUGUCCAGGACCUCCGGCUUUGGAGGAGUGGAGAGUUUGCAAUGACCACCCUUGCCUGGUGUUUUACUGGGAGGCCUCGGCAUGGGGGCCCUGCAUGGCGGAUCCCUUUUUGGACUUCAAUCAAACAAGCCUCUGGAAUGAAACAUCUCCCUGUACUACGGGUGUCCAAAUUCGGAAAGUUACCUGCCUGAAAAUGAACGGUGGACUCGUUGUGAGCAAAAGAUGCCCCGAGUCCACGCGGCCAGAAACACUCCGGCCCUGUGAUCUCCCGUGCAAGAAGGACUGCAUCGUGACGCCCUUCAGCGAGUGGACGGCCUGCCCAUCAACCUGCGUGCCAGAAAAUACGAGCUCGGCCACGCAGUCUCGCUACCGCACCAUCAUUCAAAGGUCAGCUGAUGGAGGUCAAGAGUGCCCUGACACUCUGUAUGAGGAGAGAGAGUGCGAAUCCCUCCAAGAGUGUCCAAAAUACAGGUGGAGGACACACAAGUGGCACGCCUGCACUUUGGUCCCCGAUCCCGUCCAGCGCAGCGCGUCUCGGACGGCGGAAACCUGCGGAAGCGGCCUGGAGACCAGAGGAGUCAGCUGUGCCGGGGACCAGGACCUGGCGGCCAACAUGACGGAGUGCCUGCGCUGGGCCGGUCCUUUGCCCGCUCAGAUCCGAGAGUGCCGAGUGGCUUGCAGGGACGACUGCGCUCUGACUCCGUGGUCCAAGUUCUCGGAGUGCGGCGGCGGCGGGUGUGGCGGCUUCCAACGACGCAAACGGUCGCUCCUAGGUCGUAGUAAAAAGAAGGAGCAGUGCCUGGAUGAGGCGUCAUACCCGCUGGAGGAGAAAGAGGCAUGUCCCUGCGACGAGUACCUGUCCCAACCCUUUGGCAACUGGUCUGACUGCAUCCUUGACGAACCUUCGACUCCGGACUCCCUGCAGGGCUGGAUGAGCUCCCAGGAGGUGAAGGAGUGUGGUCAAGGCCUGCGCUACACAGCCGUGGCCUGCCUUGACCAACGGGGAGGUCUGGUCGAGCCCACCCUGUGCACGGACGAGGGCUACACGGUGGAGAUGUGCCACGUCCCUUGUCCCCUGGACUGUAAACUCAGUGCCUGGUCCGCAUGGUCGGCCUGCAGUGCAUCCUGUGGCAGUGGGCUGAAAGUCAGAUCCAAGUGGCUGAGGGAGAAGGCGUUUAACGGGGGGCGGCCGUGCCCAAAGCUUGACCUGAAAAACCAGGUAAACGAAGCCGUGCCAUGCCACAGUGAAUGCAGCCAGUACGCGUGGAGAAUCGAGCCCUGGUCCAUUUGUACCAUCAACACGGUGGGCAACUCGCCAUCCUGUGGGGAGGGAGUCCAAAGCCGCAAGAUCAGGUGUGUGAAGAAGGGAACGAGCGGCGAGGUCAACACGGUGGAGGACAGUCUAUGUGAUCAGGAAGAAAUGCCACCCAGAGCUCAGGUCUGCUUCCUGGCCUGCCACCACGACUGUGUUGUAUCACCCUGGGGACCUUGGAGCCACUGCCCGUUGCAAUGCGACCAAGGCUCGGAGAGAAACCGGAGCCGACAUUUACUCCGGCCCCCCGCCGCGGAGGGCGCCACCUGUCCGGAAAUGGUGCAGUCGGAGAGCUGCAUACUGAACAGCACCUGCUUCACUUACCUGUACCAGGUCUCAGAAUGGAGCACAUGUCGGCUGAGUGAAAAUGCCGUCUGUGGUCAGGGUUCCAGGCAGCGACUUCUCGAUUGUGUCCGCAGCGAUGGGAAGAUGGUGGCGUCGCAAGCGUGUGAGCAGUUUGGCCUGCUCACCGGGUGGAAGUUGGUGGAGAGCUGCGUGAUCGAUUGUCCUUUCAGCUGUGUACUCUCUGAUUGGUCGCCAUGGGGACAGUGCUCACACACCUGUGGGAGCCAAGGGAAGUCAGUGCGCACUCGGAGAAUCCUGCAGGAGGCGCACGAGGAAGGACGGCCGUGUCCCAACCAGCUGGUCCAGACGAAGACAUGUCCCAUCAGGCCUUGCUACACAUGGCUGCUCAGCGACUGGUCCCCUUGCACCGUAGAGGGUGCGGACUGUGGCGAGGGCCUCCGCAGAAGAAACUUAUCGUGUGUCACCCACCAGGGGGACGGGGCCAAGUCCCCUCCCGUGCCGGUGGCCGAGGAGUUUUGCGGCGACAAACUGGGGAAGACAAUCCAACAGGAGACGGAGCAGCCGUGCUUUAUUCCCUGUCAAGGAGACUGCCAUUUGGCGGAGUGGUCAUCCUGGAGCGCGUGUCAGCUGACUUGCGUGGAGGGACGCAGCUUCGAAACCACAGGACGUCAGUCCCGCUCCAGAGCUGUGAUCGUUCAAGUUGUGGAGAACCAGGACGCCUGCCCGAGACAAGUGUUCCAAACGCAACCUUGUAAAGGAGGCCAAUGCCACAGUUACCAGUGGAGGACGGGAGGAUGGAGCAAUAACGAGAGAGCGGUGUGGUGUCAGCGCUCAGACGGACUCAUUGUCACAGGGGGGUGUUUCCCGCAGAAAAGGCCGAGCGUGAUCCAGCACUGCCAUCCGCCGUGCACCAAACCCUUCUCUCGCUGCGCCUCGAGUGGAGUGUGUGGCUGUGAGAAGGGUUACACAGAAGUGAUGACCACGCACGGCUUCCUGGACUACUGCACCAGAACACCGGGCGUGGACACCAGCAAGAAAGCUGACGUGAAAACCAACUCUGGAAGAUCAAAACCAUCCCAGGCCCGAGACCGGCACACAGAGUGGACCCUAAGACCUGUUGGCCCAGAUGGAAGAGUAAAGCUGUGGGUUUACGCCGUCACCGCCGUGGGAUUCAUCUUAAUACUCUUGGUUAUUGCAUCCUCCUUCCUGGUCUGCAAGCCCGCCCAGCCCACAAAGACCUCUCCUCCGCCACAGAAGCCUUUGACCCUGGCGUACGACGGCGACAUCGAUAUGUAACCUCGGACGCUACCCGGUGGCGAAAGGACACGAUUUGCGAAAAAUAAGUUAAGGGUUUUUUUUUUUUUUUGGUUUGUUUAUUUUUCAAAUGUCAUGUGUGUUGACAACGAGAUGGACUGAACCUGGAAGAAAAAGGCUGAACAUUGAACAUUUCCUUGUCGUUAUUGUCGGGUAUUUGUAAGAAAAAAAGAAAAGAAAGAGGAAAAAUCGCAACUUUUUUGUGUACAUUUUCCCCCGAGAAUAAACAACAUGCUCUAUGCACUACGUUAGUGCUGAUCAAACUAUUCCUUUUCCUUUGAAAUGAAUUUUUUAUAGUGACUGAAAUGUUGAUGCAAGUUGUGGAUGCUGUUGUGUUGAUGCUGUUGUGUCCAUGUGGGAACUCAAUGCAGGCUGAACUUUCUUUCCAGUAAACACAACCAUGCAGUCGUCCCGAGUUGGUGUUUCCUGCUCCAAGUCUGACAAAAAACUAACAUGCAUAAUGCCACAUGGUUUUAAUGCAGGGGUGUCCAAAGUGUGGCCCCGCGGCUCCAUUUUUUGGGGGGGGCUGCGACAC